AUGUUUGGGCUUCAUCAAAAGAAGCCAGUCGUUCCAGAGCCGACAUCUCCUGUUUCUCUUUCCCCUACUUCUUCUGCCAUUGGUGGUAUUCUUGCUGGUGGACGUAUUGCAGACUCUUACGGGUUUGGAUUGAGACCAUUGCCGGGUGCCAGGCAUUCGUUUCUUCAUAAGGGAUUUCUCUCAAACGGUAUUGACUCUUUGGAAUUACCCACAGAAAGUCCGAUGGAAAAAGAUAAACAAAAGGAAGCUGCCAAUGCCGUUGCCCGGUCUUCUUCGUCUUUGCGGACUCCUGAAAGUAGGCGUAUUUGGGUGAGAAGAAUGGGGAAGACACCUACUGCCAUAAUAGUUGGACCCGAUACCAUAGUAGAUGACAUUAAGUAUAUCGUUACACAGAAGUUUCCUACUUCUUUAGCUUUGGAGUGUGAUCCAUCUGAGCUGAAUAUUAUUGCCGAGCUUCCUGCUUCUUCCAAAUCAAUUCCGGUGUCUGCAAAUUUGAAGGGGUUGACGCAAGCAGCCUCCUCUUCCAUAUCUUCACCCACCUCCUUGAAUAGUGUAGCCUCUACUACUCCAGUUUACACGGAUGAAGUAUCUAGGAUGCGCUCUCUUCCUACGAUAAGGGUGCCCAAUGAGCAGAACACUUCGUCUACUUCAUCAGCUGUUCCAUCAAGCAGUCUUUUUUCUUCAUCGUUUUCGACCAAUCCUUCGCACGAUAAUGUUAACAGAAUGCAAUCUAGUAAUGCGCCUCUCCUUCCCGCCAAACAAAAUGGUAUAGCUGUAGGUCAUCGAAUAGCCCUUGAACCGGAUUUACUAGUGUAUCUUCUGCUAGACACAUAUUACCCUAAUGGAAUGUCUAUGCAGGAUGCAUUAAUAAUUGAAUCUCCCAAGCCUGUUGAGAGCAGCACAGCAAUUACUGAUUUUAAUAUCGACAGCACAGCACGGAAUCUUCAAAAACACGGUGGGGGAAAAGCAAGUUCUCCAUUUGUCUUUGAAUCAUCGGCUGUGUCUUCCAGCAAGAAUGCCAUACACGGUGGGCAGCCGCUAAAGUCUCCACGAGAUAGCUCCGUUCUAAGAAAGAGGACCAAUAUUUCUGAAUACAUACCCACUCCUCCCUCUUCCACAGUCAUAUUGUUUCCCAAACCUGCAAGGCCUGAUUUGAAGACUCCUAUACCCGACGGCUCUAAUUCUACCAUUCUUUCACUAGAUAAGUCUAAGGGUAAGACACCGAAAGAAGCAGAGCUUUCUUCAACAACUCCUACACCUGUUUCUGCUUCUUCAAAGACUCUGAAAAAUACUGUUAACGAUCUUCGGCAACAACCAAAUCCUGGUAUCUCAAAGAUUUUGUCUCACAUCAAUGUUUUGGUGGUGGAAGAUAAUCUCGUGAAUCAGAAAAUUAUGGCUCGGCAUCUCAAGUCAUGUAAAGUUGGUUUCAAAAUUGCCACUACAGGCAAAGAAGCACUUGAAAUGUGGAGAGAGGGUGGCUUUCAUUUAUGUUUCAUGGAUAUUCAAUUACCUGUGAUGUCUGGUAUUGAAGUUACCCAGGAGAUUAGACGAUUGGAAAAGCUGAAUAGGAUUGGUAAUUUUGCCACUUCCUCGCAGGAGGAUAAAUUGUCCCGAGACACGCCCGAACUAACAGGUAGCGAUAGGCUAGACCUAGAUUUGUUUCGUUCGCCUAUCAUUAUUGUUGCUUUAACGGCAUCUACUAGUGCAGAGGAUAAGCAGAAAGCUUUGGCUGCUGGUUGUAAUGAUUAUCUCACUAAGCCCGUCCAGUUGAAAUGGUUGAGAAGUAAAUUGACCGAAUGGGGAUGUAUGCAGGCUCUUAUCAAUUACGAUUACUUUAGAAAGGAUUUUUGA